GUACGAGUGACUCGAUCAACAACAUGUCAGAGAACAAGACGGAAGUGAAGGCCCGCAUCAUUCCGGCCGAAAACGCGCCGGCUCUCAAGCCGGUCACCGAAGACGCGCCGGCCCUCGAGCCGGGCGACGCCGACUGGAACGUCUCGACCAAGGAGUUUCCAGAGAAGGAGCCCGCCCCGUCGGGCAUCGACGAGUGGAAGACCCCCUCCCCGCUCCGCAAGAUCGAGCGCAAGGGCGAGUCCAACCUGGUCGACCGCUCCAACAAGACCACCAAGAUCCCCACCCCGAUCGGCCGCGUCGACUCCAACGGGUUCGCGGCGCUGCUCGGAACGGACGUCGACGAGGAAGACCUCGCUGGCGUCGGCUCCGCCGGCAAGAAGGGGUUGUUCGCCGCCCGCGAAGGCCGUUCCGAAGGGGUUGUUCGCCGUGGUUGA